AUGGACAUGAAGGCGGACAAAGCUGCCUUGGGAAGCAAAGUCAAUUGCAGCCAGUUUGAAGAGAACAUGGAAGAGCUGGAUGAGAGGAUGCAGGAGUUGCAGAGCCAGAUUUCAGGCCAGGAGGAGCACUGGAACAAUAUGCAGCGUCAGUUCAGAGAUGCAAUUGAAGAGAAGCUGAAGGCUUUCCAUAAGCACCUGGAUGAGGCCUGGAACAGGAAUAUUGAGGAACUUGAGAACAGGCUGUUGCGUGAAAACGCUGCUGGGAUCAAGAAGCAGCUGCCAGUCCCUUUCACGUGCCUGUCCUGUGACCGCAUGCUCACCGUGCAGGUCCCUGGCCAGUACCCCGAGACACUCCCGUAUUUGCCACCGCUGCCCCCCAGCAAGGAGCCACCGCACAGCCAAAGGAGGCCGAUUGUCCAUGGUAGUGUCCCCCGUGUGCCACAGAGCUCUGGGGACCGUCAGAGCAGCAGUUUCAAACUGCCCCCCAUUCAGGAUUCUCUCCGGAACAAGGCAUUUCUGCAGGGACUCGUCACCCUUCCCAACAAGCCCAGAGUGAGCCAGCUGCUGGGCAGGGGUGGACACAUCCCGAGGGGCUGCAAUGACCGGCUUCCUGUGCUGACCAGGACACUGGAUGAGCCAGGCCCUGCCACCUCCCGGGACCACCGGCCAGGCACUGCCCCCCGACACGUCUCCAGGGCACCAGGGCUCCUCCUGCCAGCCCAGCCCCGUCAGAUUUCCACAGCCCUCAAGUAGCCGGACAGGACUGGGAACCCAGUGCUCCACCAGGGACGUCUUCUCAGCAGACAGAGAAGUCUGCCACAAUUGUUGUCAGUAAAUCAUUUUUCAUUCCAUUAAUAAAAAUCCUUC